AUGAAGUUCAGUCGGCCUUCAAGUAUGCCAUGUUAAAUCACAAUCUGAACGUGUCUUCGCGUCGCUUCGAAUUGCAGGCGUACGUGGAUGUCAUUAACACAGCGGAUGCAUUUAAGCUCUCGCGUUUAAUAUGCAAUCAAUUCUCGCGCGGCGUCUAUUCAAUGCUGGGCGCUGUAUCGCCGGAUUCAUUUGACACGCUGCACUCAUACAGCAACACAUUUCAAAUGCCAUUUGUGACGCCAUGGUUCCCGGAAAAAGUGCUUACACCGUCAUCCGGUUUUUUGGACUUCGCCAUUAGUAUGCGUCCGGACUAUCAUCAGGCCAUCAUCGAUACAAUACAAUUUUACGGAUGGCGUAAAAUAAUUUAUCUGUAUGAUUCACACGAUGGUCUUUUGCGGUUGCAACAAAUCUACCAGGGCUUAAAGCCCGGAAAUGAAUCAUUUCAAGUUGAGAUGGUAAAGCGCAUUGCCAAUGUUACCAUGGCCAUUGAUUUCCUGCACACUCUGGAGGAUUUGGGUCGCUUCACUAACAAAUACAUUGUGCUCGAUUGUCCAACGGAAAUGGCCAAGGAGAUCCUAAUCCAACAUGUUAGAGACAUAUCAUUGGGUCGCCGCACAUAUCACUAUUUGCUCAGUGGUUUGGUAAUGGAUGACCGUUGGGAGAGCGAAAUAAUUGAAUUUGGAGCCAUCAACAUAACCGGCUUCCGUUUGGUUGAUACGAAUCGACGUUUUGUCAAGGAUUUCUAUGAGAGUGGAAAGCACUUGGAUCCAGCCGUUACAAUAGGUGCAGGUCGAGAAUCAAUAUCGGCCCAGGCGGCUCUUAUGUACGAUGCCGUGUUCGUUCUGGUGGAGGCCUUUAACAAAAUCCUACGCAAGAAACCCGAUCAAUUUCGCAAUAACAUCCGCCGCGGCCAAACGCUAAUGGCUGCCGCCUCAACCUCUGCCAACGCCUCAGGCCUAUCAAAUGGAGGAGGCAUCAUGGCCGGCUCAUCGAAUGGCGGCAGCGGCGGCGGUGGUGGCGUUGGAGGUGUUGGCGGCGGUGGUGGCAGCAACAGUGCGUCACGUGCUUUAGACUGUAACACCGGCAAGGGCUGGGUUACCCCCUGGGAGCAUGGUGAUAAAAUUUCACGCUAUCUGAGAAAGGUGGAAAUCGAAGGCCUUACCGGUGACAUAAAAUUCAACGAUGAUGGGCGACGUGUGAACUACACAUUGCAUGUCGUCGAAAUGACUGUCAACAGUGCCAUGGUCAAGGUGGCCGAAUGGAGUGAUGAAGCCGGCUUCCAACCCCUGACAGCCAAGUAUGUGCGUCUAAAGCCUCUGGCCGAAAUAGAGAAGAAUCGCACGUACAUUGUCACCACGGUGCUGGAGGAGCCGUACAUCAUGGAGAAACGCCUGAUGGUGGGCGAGACGCUCGAAGGCAAUGAUCGCUUUGAGGGCUACUGCAAGGACUUGGCUGAUUUGCUGGCCAAAAGGCUGGGCAUAAAUUAUGAAAUGCGUUUGGUAAAGGACAAUUUGUAUGGAUCGGAAAAUCCCAAAAUACAUGGCGGUUGGGAUGGCAUGGUGGGUGAAUUGGUGCGAAGGGAAGCUGAUAUUGCAAUUGCAGCCAUGACAAUUACUGCCGAACGAGAACGUGUCAUCGAUUUCAGCAAACCAUUUAUGUCAUUGGGCAUCUCGAUAAUGAUUAAAAAACCAGUAAAACAGACACCGGGAGUUUUCAGUUUCAUGAAUCCACUGUCCCAGGAAAUUUGGGUUAGCGUGAUAUUCAGUUACAUUGGAGUCAGCAUCGUUCUGUUCUUUGUAUCAAGAUUUUCACCGUAUGAAUGGCGCAUUGUGCAAUUUCAAGCAGAAAAUCAUGCUGCGCAUCAUGAACAACUCUCGAAUCAACAGCCUCCUGGUAUUAUUGGUGGUGUACCAGUUCCGGGACCUAUGCCAGCUGUAACACCAGGUGCUGGUGGCGUUGUGGGUGGACCUGGAGGCCAAGCAGCAUCGGCUGCUGUUAAUGACUUUAGCAUCCUGAAUUCAUUUUGGUUCUCCCUGGCCGCCUUUAUGCAGCAAGGAUGUGACAUAUCACCGCGUUCAAUAUCGGGACGCAUUGUUGGCGCCGUCUGGUGGUUCUUUACCCUAAUCCUCAUUUCAUCCUACACUGCCAAUUUGGCUGCCUUUUUGACGGUCGAACGCAUGGUAACACCGAUUAAUUCACCAGAAGACUUGGCCAUGCAAACUGAAGUACAAUAUGGAACGCUAUUGCAUGGCUCAACUUGGGAUUUCUUUAGGAGAUCUCAAAUUGGAUUGCACAAUAAAAUGUGGGAGUACAUGAACUCACGCAAACAUGUCUUUGUCAGCACCUAUGAUGAGGGCAUAAGACGCGUACGAACAUCUAAAGGCAAAUAUGCCUUGCUAGUGGAAUCACCCAAGAACGAGUAUGUAAAUGCCCGCGAACCCUGCGACACCAUGAAGGUGGGGCGUAAUCUGGAUACCAAAGGUUUUGGUAUAGCAACGCCGAUAGGAUCACCGCUCAAGGAUCCAAUUAAUUUGGCCGUACUGUCGCUAAAGGAAAACGGCGAACUGAUAAAAUUGCGGGAUAAAUGGUGGUAUGACAAGACCGAAUGCAAAAUCAACAAGGACAAUCAGGAAACGUCACACAAUGAAUUAUCGCUGAGCAAUGUGGCGGGCAUAUUCUAUAUACUGAUCGGUGGACUGCUGGUGGCCGUCUUUGUGGCCAUCAUAGAAUUUUGCUUUCGCAGCAAAUCAUCAUCGUCGGGUGGGGCAGCCAAAGCCAAUGGUUCGAUGUUAGGUUCCACCUCAUCGUCAACACAUCAAAGAAAUUCACUGUCGGAUGCCAUGCAUUCCAAAGCGAAAUUGACUAUUCAAGCGAGCAGAGAAUAUGAUAACGGACGUGUUGGGUAUUAUCCUACCGCCCAAAUGAAUGCGGCCACGCCUCCAACCGAUGCCGAAGCCAUGCACAUGAAUGCCCAUGGUCAAGUUUGACAUGAACAUGCGCAGGAUACUCGCCUUUGACGUACACCCUGCGCACCCACAAUUCGCCGCAUAAUGGCCAACAGUCGACAGGAGACGGAAAAGAUGCUCAGCAGCCACGAACAGUUAGCGGCCUCACAGAACAGCACUUUGCUGCGAAAUCCCGAUGUAAAUCAUCCCUACAACAAGUAAACACCGAAAGAUCGAUAAGACACUCACAUAUACACACUGAACUGAAAAUACAUGCAUACCUAUAUCGUCACUGAGAAACACACACACACACACACAUGCACAUGCAUAAAUAUACAUUUAGAAACAGGCAGAAAAAAAUUGCUAUGGCCACAUAGUCGGGUAAGCAAAAGCAGACUCAAAGGAUUAGAUCCUACUUAAAAGGGAUAGCAGUGAAUGCCAGCCGCCAACACACUCUACCGCAUGUAGUGCAUAAACAACUCGACUACCAAAGGAAAAUCUUAAUCUUAACUGCAAAAGAGAAGAAGAUGAUAAAAAACUCACACACACACACUCACACACUCUUUUAACAGCCAAAUUGUAUGUAAGUAAAUAGUGGUAAAAUAUUAGUCUAAUUACAUACUCUCAUACAAGGGUGCUCAAGAUGCCAAAAAGGAUAAUAACAUAAAACUUUAUUAAUUGUUUUUGCAAAGUAAUGGGGAAUACAUAAAAACUGAAAGAUUAUGGUUUUUAAACGAAAUUCAAUUCAAAUUAAAUGCUCAAAAUUUAGUUUUCAGAUAUAUUCAGAAUUCACAAAACGGUAGAAAAUACAUAUUGGGAUGAUGAAUGCCGUCUUAGGGUGGCGGCAUCUGUCCUCCCAUAUAUUUGACAAAUAUGGUAACAUUUUUAUAUCCACCACCGAAGCAUGGGGGUAUAUUUAUUUUGUCAUUCCGUUUGCAACACAUCGAAAUAUCCAUUUCCGACCCUAUAAAGUAUAUACACUCUUGAUCAGCGUAAAAAUCUAAGACGAUCUAGACAUGUCCGUUCGUCUGUCUGUUAAAAUCACGCUACAGUCUUUCAUAAUAGAGAUAUUGAGCUGAAACUUUGCACAGAUUCUUUUUU